AAUUUUUUAUACUUUAUUUUAUUAUUCAUUUUUAGACAAUUUGUUUUAUUUCAGGUUUCUGUUUAUUUAUUUUAAUAUUUUGUUUUUUUUUUGAUCCGUCAAUAUAAUGGAUACAUCAAAUCUUUCUGACAUGCCAUCUGUUCGUCUUGCUUCUGGUGUUGAAAUGCAACAGAGAUGGCCCGCAUCUCUACAUGCUGAACAACAGCAACAACAGCAACAGCAACAGCAACAACCAACAAAAGGUGAAGCACCUCGUCUUAUUGAAAUUGCCCCGACAAGAGGAUGUCAGGGAACUGUAGUUACUGUAGUUGUACAAUCAUUACCUCAUCAACUUGUUCCAGUUAAGUUGGCAUUCAAUAGUUUAGUUGUCGAUACAAAGCAAAUGCAUGCUCAAGGAAUCACUUCUCUUGUUGCUGCAGCACCUCCCUUUCAACAUACUCAUUCUACAACUCCUAAUGUUCCUAUUUCUAUCUGUAUACUCGAUAAAGAUACUGUUACUGAAACAUGGCCUGUCAGUGAAUUUAUCUAUGAAUUUGAUACAAAUGAUACGAAAAAUACAUCAGCUACAUCUAACGCGUCUACUGCCAAUACUAACUCAACUGCAAUUGACUUUUCUUCUAAUGAAAAAUUAAAUGAAAUUCAAAAUCAAACAUUCCAACCAAGAGGAGAAGAAAAUUUCCUUGGUGGAAACACUACUGCGACUCCUGCACCUUAUGACAAUUUUUAUCAAUCUUCUUACAACAAUUUAAAUAAUCAACAAUUACCUUCUUAUAAUUAUCCUUACCAUAGAGAUGUUUAUAAUAAUACUAAAUAUAAUACUUAUCGUCCUACUAAUCCUCAACAAACUCGUGUAAAUACUAUGAGUCCUUUGGGCUAUAAUACAAAUGCCUUAAAUAUAUUCAAUCCUGCUACUAACGCAGGAUUUACUGGUAUGUUAGCUGCUGGUUUUGAUCAAAACGAGUCACAAGUACUGCCUGCUACUCUCACCUACCCAACUCCUCUCCCCCCUCCUUCUCAACUCCCUCAGCAACAACAACCAUUACCACCACCACCACAGCCACAGCCACAGCCACAACAACCUCAACAACCUCAACAACCACAACCACAGCAACAACGCUCAAAUACGACUAAUAGUGCUUAUGGCUAUAGUAAAUCAUCUGUUCAUAUUCCUUCUACCUCUGUUGCAAAUUAUCAACCUUAUCCUGGUCUCGUAAGUCGUGCUAACCUCAAGAUUAUGGGAGAUUUGGACUCCAUGGCUAAGAAUUGGACAGCUGAGGAAUGGGAGCAUCGUCGUCGUUUAGUCCAAUUCUGGCGGGAGCAAACGGGCAACGAAAUUCGUUGUACCUUUGAUCCCAUCGCUCAAGGUGAACGUAUCUCAUCGAAUAGUGGUCAAAUUGUAGUCUCCUGUAUUUACUGGGCUGAACGCAAUGAUUGCUUCAUCACCUCUGUUGACUGUAUUCAUCUCUUGGAGAGCCUAAUGGAUAUUCGUUUCAGUGUUGAAGAAAAGAAUCGUGUACGUCGUAACCUUGAAGGAUUCCGUCCCUUGACAGUUAGUAAAUGUAAACCUGAAAGUGCUGACUUUUUCAAAUUAAUCAUGAGUUUCCCAAAUCCUAAACCCCGUAACAUCGAAAAGGAUGUAAAAGUAUUCCCUUGGAAGACUUUACCUUAUGCUCUUAAGAAAAUUAUCACAAAGUAUACAGCUUCCUCUUAUGGUAAUACAUCUAAACAUCGUCCUCAACUCAAGAGUUCUUCCUCUACUACAACAACUGCUACUAGUAGUUCAAUUGCUACUCCCGUAAGCACUACCUCAACUACUCCCUCUACUAAUGCUUAUAUGAGUCCACAAAGUAUCAUCAGUCAACAACAAGAGAACAAUCAUAUCAAUCAUUUCUAUCAAAACAGCAAUCAUAACACGAACACGAACACGAACACGAAUACUACUAAUACUAAUACUAACAACAACACUAAUACUAGUAAUCAUCUUUAUCAAUCACAAGACUCAUUUAAUUCUUAUCCACAAACGUCUGAACCUACUACAGCAGCAGCAGCAGCAGCAACAACAACAACAACAACAACUCCAAUUUAUAAUCAAACUAUUCCUGCAUUUGCAUCAUCAUCAUCAUCAACAGCAUCCCCUUAUCAACAACACCAAAUUCCUAAUAAUGAACAAAACUCAACUAAUAAUAAUGACCCUACUUCUUCACCUCCUCGCGUACAAUAUCCUUAUACUGAUAUAAUUAAUACUUCGCCAUCGACUGAGCCCUCUUUAGUCAAUGAUAACAAAACAAUAACGCCUUCAUCACCUUUAAACAAUAGCAAUUAGACAAUACAAUAAGCUAUGUAUAUUAUAUAUGAACAUACUAUUUAAAAAAAAAAUUACUCGGGGAGGAGGUUUUUUUUAUUAUUAUUAUUAUUAUUGUACAUAUUAAAAUAAAAUAGAGAGACACAU